AUGAAGUCGUGGUUGUUCAUUCAUCUACCUCUACUUCUAUUAUCAAUUCUGUCUAUAGAUGCUAGUGCCAACAGGACUCGACAAGGCCAAGAAGCAGAAGCUGAUAUGUUGCUCUUUCGAUGGUGUAUCGGUUUGGCAGUGCUUGCUUUUGUCAGUUUCUUAUGUCUGCUUGGAAUGUUGAUCUUUGAGGAAUGUGUGAGUGAUUUAUAUUGUUUUAGGUCAGCUAAUAUAUUGUUUUAGAUAAAGCUAUUAUAAUAUAGGUAUGAUAAAAUAUGUGAUGUCACACAAUCCCAAUGAUAACUUGAUUGUUUAUAAAUGAAGUUUCAGACAUAUGCAAAUCAUGUUGAGAGUGAGCGCCCAAACACAUCAGUCGCAGUAACUUCAACGCCAUCCUCGAUCAGUACAAGCUCGAUCAGACAGCGGAAGACAGACCCGGUCGAACAGUCAAGUGCCAAUCAAUCUGAAAGUGCUUCUACGCCUCAUGAAGUUAGAGUAUGUUUUAAGUUUAAUUUUUUUAAUUAAAGCUUAUGAAUAAUUUUGCACGAUGCAACCAUUAAAAUUAGCUCUACUGCACUGUGCAGAACAACAUUAUUAAUAUUUUUCACUUUUUGUAUAUUUUUAUGUCUAAAACAAUGUACAUUUGAAUUAAAAUAAAAUAUUAGUGUUAUAAAACUUACUUCACGUCAUUUUCUGGAGAUAUAUUAACAUUGAAGAUUGAUAUUCAGCCCCGUUCCCAACGUCCCACCGUCUGUGACAGUCGUAUCUACAUGUGGCCAAGACGAAAACGAGCUGAAGUUCGGGCAGGAGAGGCUAUCAACAGGUUAUUAAGGGUAAGUUAGCUUCUAUUAUGUUGAGAUCAAUUUACUGAGGAUUUAGGUCCAAGGUUAGCCAUUUUUUAUUUUAGAUAAAAUUUUUGAAUUUUCGUUAGUAUUUUAAAGUAAAACAAUGUUUAUACCAGUAGAAUAUUGUGUAUUAUGUUCAAAAGAUAAAUAAAAAGGCUUUUGCUACCUGUUUUAUCAAAAUUGUCAUGGAUAAUAUAACGUUUUAGGAGAUGGAGAACAAGUUGAGUGAGCUAAAAGAAGAACACAAGUCAAUGGAUAUGGCAUUUGCCGAAAACCUACAUCAAAAUCAAAACGAUGUGUAUGACACGACACCGUUGAGGAGCUUUGUCAGUAGUGAUGACGAGCGUCUGAAGACGUGUGUUACUGGAGAUACCCAAGUUGAAGAUGUAAGUUGGCAGUCUUGGUUUUAAGAUGUAUUUUGGUUUUUUAUAGGUAUUUUAAAACAUUUUGUCUAUUGUUUUUCAUUUUAUAGAGGAUUUUAAUUUUUUAAAGUUUUAAACAUUUUUUAAAAUUUGAAUUUGGCGCCAAAAUUGGCAUAAUGUUGGAAGCUUUUUAAUCUUUAGUGCAUUACUAUCAGAACUAUACUAUGACACUUCAGGAGCAACUGCACUCGGCAGAUUCCAUGGACGUGACCCAAGCCUCAGUGACUCAACGUUCCGUGGAUCGGCCGUAA